UUAUAUAAAACAGAAAAGUAAUUUACCUGUGAACGCGAUUAUAAAAGAAAUGCCGUACGUUAAUCUUCAAGGUUAACGGAGAUAGAGAGCGACCCUGGGCAUAACACACGGUACAUUGCUAUGGUUAUUUCGAUAUUUAAGGAGACACCGCCUCCCGCCCGUGAAUCCUCCGAAGGCAUCACCGUCAGCAAUGGGUCUGUGGCUGCGGGCGGUGCCUCGGCUGCGGGCGCCUCUCCUGCGGGCGUCUGCGCUCCGCCUCGACCUCGGGGACAGGGGCGUCUUGGGAGAGAAGCGAGCGAGUAUACCAUAUACGAGCCCAGAGCAGCGGGAACGUGAAGUGGCUCUGGCCGGUCGACAGGGAAUCGCUCAGUUUCCACCUCGUCCACAAUCACGGCACCAGAAUGGGGUUAUACCACAUGAGACUCAAUAGCGCGAGCCCCCUCAAGACAGAGGACGUCGAAAGGGCUCUUUUCCACUUGCAGAGGAAGAAUCCUGCCCUGAGGGUAGAUCUCCGACUUCGUGAAAAUGUCUGGUGGUUUUGUGAACAAGAAGGGAUUAAAGUAGAUUUUAAGAUGCUUAGCGAAGGAACCAGCUCGGAGGAGGAGAUCCAACGAAUGUGUGAAGGAGGGUUUCCUGACGGGGCCACUUGGAAGUUCAGAAUGAUCCCUCUGGGGAAGGACGCUCCGUGCGCCAUCCCAGAGGUCAAGGGUGACUUUCCUUAUCAGUACAGUAUUAUGGUGACCGGCCACCACGCGUUAGGUGACGGUCUGAGUGCCUCGUUGGUGGCGAAACAGAUGGUGGAGCUGUUGAAUGAUGUGAUCCUCGGAUGCCACGUUAGUGAUGAGGUGUCCAGUCGGUUCGUUCAGAGGGAGGAACUCGGGGAAAUCGAAUCAAGGAUAAUAAAGAAAUUGGAAGAGGACCCUGAGCGUCACGAUUACGUCAAACAGACUAUGCCGACGUCCACUCCUUUAUUACUGCAAGCGUUUCCACGGCCCUCAGUGGAUCGAGCCGCAACCAGACAUCUUUCACGCAUCGUUGACGUCGAGGUUACACGGAAAUUCGAAAAGCAGUGCAAAUCACACGGAGUCACCAUCAACAGUGCUUUCAGUGCCGUGAUCAACAUUGCCUUAAUCAGACUGGUGCAGAAGUCUGGUAUAUCCCAACAGUCAUACCAGAUUGCUAGUAAUCAUGCUGUAAGCAUGUUACGGUACCUGAAACGGACGCCCCGUGAUGUGGUGGGAGGCUACGCCGUGCUUCGCUCCCACAUCUCGAAAGUGACUGACAAUCACGCGAAGAAUUUCUGGGAAUAUGCCACAGAGAUCAACGGAGAGCUGCGAGAGGGCCUGACUUCAGAACUCCCUCUCGAGCAGAAGAUGGCUCGCCUCAUGGCCCAGCCGAACCACUGGAAGGAAUGGGCCCAGAACCCCCCCGCGGUCGUCCAUGACUACGGGAUCACCAACAUUGGUCACUUCCCGAUGCCUGAACGACGUGUAGACGACCAGGUCCUGGUGACGGACGCUGCAUCUGUCGCCAUGGUGCAUAAAUACAUCCACAUGCUCCUCUUUCUCGUUCACACGUUUAGGGGUCGUUGCAAUUACUCUAUAAGUUACGCAACGGAUCACAUUGCAGACGAGACAGCUAUCCUCUUGGCGGACGAAGUGAUGGCAGUCUAUCAGGAGGUCAGUGAAGUGAACGGAAUGUAGAAUUAUGAAAUGAAAAUGCUGAAUAUUAUGCAUAAUACGUUAUUAGUGAAUAAUGAAAAUGCGAACAUCAAUAAUUACGUUUUAUCAUAGUUGCCCUUUGUUUUUGUUUUUGUUUUAUCGCUGGUGAUAUUUUUAUCAAUUUUAAAGAUUGCCAUAAGGUCAAGAGAAUGAAUCUCCUAAUUUCUGAUUCUUCGAGACCUGACCAGUGACGGGUUAUAGAAAUCGGUGCUGUAGUGUUGAUGUGAUAGAAUUCUGCAUUGUGAAAUUUGAGCCCGUAAGGACCUUUUGUUAUGCCAUUGUUAAUUCUACUUCUCAUAAAGGGGAUAUAUAUUUUUAGUAAUAAUUAAACCGAAUUAAAUAAUUAAAAUCGGUAUAAAACGAUAUCGAUAACAAAGUAAUGUCGACGAAAACGUUUGUGAUGAUAAGCAACACAGCACGGACUAUUUUGAGAUGGAAUAACUGUUAUAUUUCUCAAUAAAUAAAGCUGUUGAUUUUC